AUGAUCUUUCAUCACAAAAGCCACACCAGGCUCCGCCGAGGGCCUCCCUGUGACCUUCCACCUGGCCCAAGCGUCAAACGAGGAUGGGAUUCCCGUCCUCACCUCCACCGACCUCAACAUCCAGUUCGUGAACACCUCCGCCAGCACUUCGUGCAACGACAGCGGCAUCUGGGCUCUCCGAUUGGUUUCCUUCCUCAGGGCGUUGGCCGUAAAUACGGGUGGCAGGCUGGGGGCAGGGGACAACCAGUUCCAGAUCGGAUGUCCCAAUUCGCUAAUUCCAUCUCCCUAAAAUCGCCGUUGCCGCCCGCUGCCGCCAGCGCCCAGCCGCACGCAGCCGCGGGAAUUGGCCAGUCGCCGCACGCAGCCAAGCCCAUGCACAUGGUCCCAGCUGCGACGCACGGUGACCUGAUCGCGCACGCUAUCGUCUGCCUGCUCGCGCAACGCCGCGGCCCGAGAUCGUCGCGCCCAUGCAUUGCCAGCACUCGCCUGCGAAUGUCGCUUGUGUCCCACUCAACGCAUGAGAAGGACUCCCGUGUCCGCACUCACAUGAGGCCCAGUCCGAACCGGCAUAUGAGUCACGCACGACAUGCGCCCGAGAUCCCAACGCCUGCCCGUGUCCGCUCUAGCUCCCGCGCGUCCCGACCAGCACCAGACAUGACCUGCGCCGCCUGCCAGCGGCUGUCCGUGACUUGA